AUGGAACCGUCGACCUCCUCUCCAGAAGACUUUUCUGGUAAAGCUCACUCGGACUACAUCGAGACGACCGAGAAAGCUGUCUACAUCUCCGACGCCGUUGAUGCACUGUCGGAAUCGCACAAGACGUACCUCCUCGAACGCCAUGGAACCCUGGAUCUCGACCCAGUCCCUAGUAUGGAUCCGGCAGAUCCAUACAAUUGGCCAGCCUUGAAGAAAACCAUGAAUCUGGUUCUGGUAGCCUUCCACGCCUGCAUGGGCACCUUCACAGCGGCCGCCAUCAUCCCCGCCUACGAAUCAAUAUCCCUCGAUCUGGGUGUCACUAUUCAGCGUGCCAGCUACCUCACCUCCCUGCAGAUUGCCAUCCUGGGCGGCGCCCCAUUGCUCUGGAAGCCCCUCUCGAACCGCUUUGGCCGCCGUCCGAUCUUCCUCCUAUCGCUCAUCUUGAGCUGCGCCUGUAACAUUGGCUGCGCACGCAGUCCCGACUACGCCUCGAUGGCGGCCUGCCGUGCGCUCGUCGCCUUCUUCAUCUCUCCAGCGAUGGCUAUCGGCAGCGCAGUUGUCACCGAAAUGUUCUUCCGUCACCAACGUGCACGAUACAUGGGAAUUUGGGCUGUCAUGGUAACUCUGGGCGUGCCGAUCGGCCCUUUCAUUUUCGGGUUUGUCACGGAGCGAGUAGGCUAUCGCUGGAUAUUCUGGGUUCUCGCCAUCACCAACGCGAUUGAGUUCAUUCUGUACGUCAUCUUUGGUCCCGAAACGCGCUAUAUCGGCACCGACCUACAAUCUACCUCCACCUUCAAGCGCGAAUACCUUACCCUGUUCCACCGCAUCGACCCGACUCCCUUCCGCCUCGCCGAAUUCUACCAUCCACUCACCCUCUUCACCAACAUUCCCGUCCUGAUCGCGGCCGUCGCCUACGCAAUGAUCUUCCUCUUUGGCUCCGUUAUGAACUCGGUCGAGGUCCCUCAGCUCCUGCAGGUGAAAUUCGGCCUGAGCGCGCAGCAGCUGGGUUUGCAAUUUCUGGGCCUCAUCAUCGGGUCGCUGCUUGGCGAGCAACUCGGCGGCGUCUUGUCGGAUACGUGGAUGAACGUGCGGGCGCGUCGCAGCGGUCGCAAGCCCGACCCCGAGUACCGGCUGUGGCUCAGCUACGUGGGCUACUUGGUGACGAUUGCGGGAAUGGUAGUUUUUCUGGUCUGCACCGAACAGGCGACCGAGGGCCGGUGGACGGUAGCGCCUGUCAUCGGCACGGCGAUCGCGGCCUUCGGUAAUCAGGUCGUCACGACGGUCAUGAUAACUUACGCGGUGGAUACAUACCCCAUUGACGCAGGGAGUGUAGGAGUGUUCAUUAACUUCGUGCGGUCGACGUGGGGAUUCAUUGGGCCAUUCUGGUUCACGGACAUGUUCGAUGACGUGGGCCUCGCGAAGAGUUCAGGAGUGGUCACCGCCAUGAUCAUGGGGGCUAGCUUCAUCCCUACGGUGCUGCUGCACUGGAAGGGGCAGAAAUGGCACAAGAAGGAGCCGUAUCAGUAGAUCAAAUAUAUUGACAAUUACAAUCCUGUCUGACGC